AAAAAAAAAGGUGAAAUAGAAAAACAGUUCUACUACAGCUUCAUCUCCUCUCUUUCCUGUACACGACUACGCAUAGCCCCCGCCAGCAAAUCCAGAGCUGUACAAAAACCUGCGGCAGGCCCCAACAGCUCAACCUCAACUCAGCUCUCACCUGAUCUCUCCUCGGGACUCUCUCUCCUUUUUCUCUCUCUCUCUUCUGUACUUUUUGAAUUUCUUUUUUCUCACUUAUUAAACUGUUGCCUCGAACUUCUCCCGCAACCCUCUCCUUCUCCUUCUUCUUAACUGUCAAGUUUCCAUACAGUAAAUUUUAUUCACUUCUUCCGCUACUUGUCCAAGUCUCCCUCAACCUCAUUAAUGGAACCUUCCAAUAAUUGAUUUAAUUAAUUACUAUUUAUAUAUAUAUAUAUACUACUAUGUUUACAUGAGAUUUGGAUCUACCGGAACUCGCUGUUUUGGUAGAAUACUUUUUGCUGCGAAAACAAGAAAGAAAUUUGUGAAAUUAGCAGAGUAGUCUAAUGGAAGGCGGUGGUGACGGAACUGUUAAACUAGGAAAUCUCACCACCAUGAAGCCGGCGGAGCUCGAUCGAGCUUUCAACUUAGAGCCGGACGUGUUUGUUUCCUCGCCUGUCACUCGGCAGAAAGCUGCCGCCGCCAAACAAUUUAUCGAGAAUCAUUAUAAAAACUAUCUGCAAGGCCUCCAGGAUCGCAAGGACAGGAGGAGAGCGCUGCAGAGGAAGGCGGAGGAGGCUAAUGUAUCGAGCGAGGAGCAAGAGGAGAUGCUGAGGAACUUGGAAAGGAGAGAAACGGAAUAUAUGAGAUCGCAGAGGCACAAGGUUGGGAUUGAUGACUUUGAGCAGUUGACUAUAAUCGGUAGAGGUGCUUUUGGUGAGGUUAGAUUGUGUCGUGCUAAAAAUACAGGAGAAAUAUAUGCCAUGAAGAAAUUAAGGAAGUCCGAUAUGCUCAGUCGGGGACAGGUUGAGCAUGUUCGCUCUGAGAGGAAUUUGCUUGUAGAGGUUGACAGUCGGUGCAUAGUAAAACUUUUUUAUUCUUUCCAAGAUUCAGAUUUUUUGUACCUUAUCAUGGAGUAUUUACCUGGUGGGGACAUCAUGACCUUACUGAUGAGAGAGGAUAUUCUUUCCGAAGAUGUUGCCAGAUUCUACAUUGCUGAAAGUAUUCUUGCUAUACAUUCAAUUCAUCAACACAAUUAUGUACAUAGGGAUAUAAAACCAGAUAACCUAAUAUUGGACAAAAAUGGUCAUCUGAAGCUUUCCGACUUUGGCUUGUGUAAGCCCCUGCAUAACAAAUAUUCUUCAAUCCUUUUGGAAGAUGAGGACUUGUCAAUUCAGGAGUCUCCAAGUGAGCAUGAUGGCGACUCAGAAACUAGUAGACCUCCUUGGUUAAUGCCAAAAGAACAGUUACAACAAUGGAAGCGUAACCGCCGAGCCUUGGCAUAUUCUACUGUUGGGACACUGGAUUAUAUGGCACCUGAGGUUUUGUUGAAAAAAGGAUAUGGAGUAGAGUGCGACUGGUGGUCACUGGGGGCUAUCAUGUACGAGAUGCUAGUGGGCUAUCCUCCCUUCUGUUCCGAUGAUCCAAGAAUUGCAUGCCGUAAGAUAAUAAAUUGGAGGACUUGCUUGAAGUUCCCUGAAGAACCAAAAAUAUCAGAUGAGGCAAAGGAUCUCAUCUGUCAUUUAUUAUGCGAUGUAGAUACAAGGUUAGGGACCCGAGGAGUGGAAGAAAUAAAGGCACAUCCAUGGUUUAGAGGCGUCCAAUGGGACCAGCUUUAUGAGAUGGAAGCUGUGUACAAGCCAAGAGUAAAUGGAGAAUUAGACACACAGAACUUUGAGAAGUUUGCUGAAGUGGGAGAUGCACCAUCAACAGGACCAAUAGUAGGACCUUGGCGGAAGAUGUUGACAUCAAAAGAUGCCAAUUUCAUUGGAUUUACUUUCAAGAAGUCUGACGCCCUAAAAUCUCUUGGCACUUCAGGUGUAGUAACAAGGUCAAGUGCAUCUUCAAAGCCUCCAUCCUUAGUCUCAUUAUUUGGUACUUUACACGACUCAUGCAGGGAAGGUAGACCUCCAAGAGACAAUAGCAGAAGAUGAACCAAAACAAGAAUGAUAAAAAGUUUUUUCUCCUUGUGCCCUCUACAAGCAUCUUGUUUUAGGAGUUAUUCUUGUAGCUCGACAGCUAAUUGCUUUACGAAGAAGAGAAUAAAUACUCAGCUAAAGAGCUGAUACGAUUUUUAGAUGUGCCUUUUUGUUCUUCCCCUCCCUGAUGUGUAAAUACGAAUGCUAAUGUACAGCCUUAAAAGUAUUAUAUCAAGUUUAAUUCCGUCAA